UCGUCCAGAAUCAGCACAGCAGGACCCCUGUCUGAGGGCUGAACCGCGCCAGCCCCUGCUCCAGAGUUUUACAACAAAAGACAACAGCUUGGAAAGUGUUUUUGAGCGGAGUUACACGGGAAUUUAACACUGGACGGGAGGAGAACAAAGGGGAGGGCCGGUCUGGGCUGAUGGACUGGGAGAGGAGAUAGCGCUCAUAAGUCAAACCGAUCCCACAUCUCCCCCAUCCUUCCCCGCAGGACGGAUGGUUCUGUUCUUUCCGGAUGAUGUAACUGUUUUAUGACAGACCGGGCUCGGAUGUUCACUCACCGCUCUCAGACUACUCACUUUUUCCUGUAAUUAUCAGUGCACGGUGGUAGCAGUCGGACAGCCGCAUCCUCCGGUUGUCGGAGCCCCGUGUCCAGGUUUCGGUGAGGGGGCUCAGCUCAGCGGGACGUUGCGCAGUACUCAACCGGCUGUACCCCGGGGUCGGUGAGUGUCUGGUGCAGUCAUGUGGCAGAGGAUUCAGAUUUGCUGCGCACUGUUUGCACUGUAUUCAGCGGCAGCGCCUGCACACAUCAACCGCCUGGCACUGUUCCCUGACAAAAGCGCCUGGUGCGAAGCCAAGAACAUCACACAGAUAGUCGGGCACACGGGAUGUCAGCCUCGCUCUAUUCAAAACAGAGCUUGUCUGGGCCAGUGUUUCAGUUACAGCGUCCCCAACACGUUCCCACAGUCAACAGAGUCUCUGGUUCACUGCGACUCCUGCAUGCCAGCCCAGACACAGUGGGAAGUGGUGACUCUGGACUGCCCGGGCAGCGAGGAGUCUCCUCAUGUGGAUAAGCUGGUGGAGAGGAUCUUCCACUGCAGCUGCCAGUCCUGCAGUAAGGAAGGUGUCCAGGAGGGGGCAGUGAUGCAGCUGUAUCCAGCAGAUAACGGCCUGGACUCUCCGUCUUUACCGGACGCUCUGGGAGGGACUCAGUCCAACCCUCUGCCCCACUCAGAUACACACUCUAAGCACGGUCACACACACACAGAGCACCACACACUACCACACACAUCAGACGGAGGCUAGGUCCAUCAUCUUCGUCUCCUCCUUCCUCCUCUUCUCCACAUUGCAUCCUUUGUACCAAUCUGUAGUAACGCCACAACACUUUGAAAAUAUGACUUCACCUUGUGUUAAAACAUUUCUGUAAAGGCACAUACUCACAGUCAUGCUUUCAGAAUACACUCUGUUGUAUAUAAAGCCGUACCAACGCACCAGCCUAUGCACUCUUAUUUUGUUUGCUGAUUAACACAUGCAUUUGUGUGUAUUUGUGCAUCCAGACAUGACUAUAGUUCCUCAAUAGUCUCAAUACUUUAUUCUGCUUUAAAUCCAAUAAAUUUUAUCGUUGUGAUAA